UCCCAUCCCCAUUUCCUCCUCCUCGAGGCGACACUUUCCAGGUUGCAGCAAAUUCCAGCUCUGCGGUAGCCGCCCCCCUUCGUCGCCGUCACCACUUCCAACGCGACUUCGACCUCGAUCUCAGACUGUUCUUGUACCCAAACACCUUCCCCAUCAUCCAUCGCGACAACUUCUCAGGCACGACCAGCCUCUCGCACCCGACAAAGUAGCAGGAAGCCAUGGAGUUGGGUCUGUCCAGAAAGCCUCCUCGCUUGCGCCUCCCAGAAGCAGCCCCGAUGGUCGUUCAGAGGGGUGGCGGAGACUGCCCAAAGGAUUACCAAUGGUACACUUGUAACGUGGCCCAAGGCAUUCCCUAUUCGGGCUGCUGCGCGAUGGAUCCUUGCCGUCCGGAUAUGGUCGAUUGCCCUGAUCGGUACAAACCUGAUGAUGAUAUCACGUCUACAACCAUCGUCAUUACCAGUACAGAAUCUCCCAGCACAGAAACUCACUUCACCACUAUCACUUCCUCUGCCAGAUCGGACCUUAUCCCAACUCUGACUUCCCACUCAUCGUCAACAGGCACUACUGGUAGUGCUUCCUCAACCGCUAGCGCAACGGUCACUGCUACUCCUGAUGCGCCGCCCACUGUAGUCCACAAGGAACUUUCAGUUGGCGCGAUAGCAGGAAUCGCAGUGGGAUGUUCCCUUGCCUUCAUCUUCUUCGCCAUCUCCGUUUGUAUGUGGUGGGGUCGGCGCCGAGCGAAGAAAGAUGAGAAGAAGGACAGCGCGGACACUGCAAACGUUUCGUCGUUUCUCGGUCCAACCGACAGGAACAACCCAGUCGAAACGGGACAAGAAAAGAAUGUGUCCCAGUCUGGCUCCCGUUUCCCACUUGGAAGCUACCAACCAGUCCCCACAGGUGUUCCUUACGAAUACAUAGGACGAGACGUGACAAGCUCGGCAUCCACGACCAACACGAACUGGCCAGGCUCGCCGAUGGACUACGAGAGUCACCGUUUCAGCGGAGCGACGACCAUGUCGACCCCAGCGAGCCACAACAGCGGAAGCACUCCGGCCAGCCCGAACUUCCAAUCACGAGGGGCCUCGGAACUCGACACCAACCAGGCGUACCAGCAGGGUGGAUGGGGCACAAGGUUCGAACCAAUGCACGAAAUCCCCGAGCUUGAAGGCAAUGAAAGGCCACCACAACACUCCCAAGGCCCGAACAACUAGCGAGGACUCACUCCAUUGUGGUGAGCAGGGAGACACGAUAGCUUGGUUUUGUGGUCGAUAAUGAGACGGGUUUCUUAAGGGGCCAUAAUAUACAGCCACACAAGAGACGAUGAAGAAUGCGAUAGGCUUCCAUGAGAGAAGCAACCUCCAGAACGAGACGAUAUUGAAGGAACGGGCUAUGGUCGAGUAUCAUGGGU